GCACCUGAGGAACGCAGGGGUCACCUGGCCACGCUGCUGAGCAAGGUGCGCCUGCUGUUAAUGUCCAGUAAUUACUUGGUUUAUACUGUGACUCCGAACGCUCUGGUGAGGAUGAGUCCGUCAUGCAUGACCAUGGUGAACCACGCCACGCAGACCCUGAUGGAGUCCAAUAUGAGGGGACCUCUGACCCGCACACGCCUUCCCUCUGCUGUGCUGUUGGCUAUCGGCGGGUGGAUGAAUUAUACUCCAACCAGCAGGAUCGACUUGUACAAUGUUCGAGCUGACCGCUGGGUGAGAGUGAAGGUGAAAGACAGCAGGGAUGCUCGUCGAGCGUUCCACGGUUGCGUCCUCCUCGAUGGAUUUGUCUACUGUGUCGGAGGUCGUGAUUGUAAUAAAUAUUUAAGCAGUGUACAAAAGCUCGACCUCAUCUCCAAAACCUGGCAAGAGGUGAGGCCAAUGUGCUCAACCCGCUGCUACGUCAGCGUGGUCAUGCUUGAUGGCUGCAUAUACGCCCUGGGAGGCUGUGAUCAAAAUGGGACACAUAAGACAGCAGAGCGAUACCAGCCAGAGACCAGCCUGUGGACUCUGAUCGCACCAAUGCAUGAGCACAGGUGCAAUGCCAGUGCCGCGACGCUACGCGGCAAGGUGUACAUUUUCGGUGGCUUCAGCAGGGUUGGACCCCUGUCAACUGCUGAGUGCUACGAUCCUCAAACCGAUCGCUGGACGCUGAUCACCCCCAUGGGAAACGGGUAUAAUGCAACACGGGCCAUCGCCUACAAAGACCAAAUAUAUGUCGUUGGUGGCUACAGAGACUUCUCACAUACGAGGAGAGUCAUCGCCUAUGACCCCCUCUCAGACCAGUGGAGCCUGGUGAAUCCCAUGAUCAGCCCUCGCAGCAGCUUUGGCAUCGCCGUGUUGGAGGACCAGCUAUAUGUGGUUGGAGGGUACGACAAUCAUGGCAACAUCUGUAAGGUGGAACGCUACGAUGAAAAGACCAAAACGUGGCAAAUCGUCCAGGACAUGGAGGUGUCACGCAGCAGCUUCGGCUGCUGUGUGGUCGAGCGAUGCCUGUACACUGCUGCAUACCUGUGAUAACACAAUCAGCUGUCAUUUAUUAGUUUAUACUUUGUAUUAACCUGAAUCUGUAAAGCCGUCAAAGAAAUGUUGAGCAAUAAAGUGCAAUAUUUGCCUCUGGUCUUGGAGUAGAACUAUAAAGUGGCAUAACAUGGAAAAACUCAGUAUGAAUAUUUACAGUACCUGAGUAAAUCCCAG